AUGGCCUCACCUCCGAACCCCGACGCCGUUAUGACUGACGAGCAGCUUGCCGCUGGGGAGGACACUCUCACCGAUCUCGGUGACUACGUGCUCGAGGAUCUCCCUGACGGCGCCUUACCUGAGCUUAACGGAGAGCCUGCUGCUAAGAAGCAGUGUGGUGAAGGGACUUCCUCCGCUGCGGCCGGAGUUUCUGCUUCUCCCGCGAUGCAGCCGGCGCCUCGGCCGGUGCAACGCACGAACUCCUCUGGAAGCUCGGCGGCUACUGCACCCUCAUCUUCUCGUCCGUCGGCCCCACCGAGGCCGUGGUCUGCUCCGCCCGCGCGCCCUCAGCCUCCUGUCCAGGAAGCUGCAGCAGAGCAGACGGCCGCUGGACCUGCUGCUAAUCUCGCCCUCUCGGUGCGAUUCCGUCACCUCCGCCGACACCGCCCCUCGGUGGGCACCGAGCUCCGGGCCUUGCGAAGGGACACGCAGUCUCUCGUGACAGUCAUGUUCCCGGAAUGUUCCGAGGAAGUACGGGAGAGCAUUCUCGCUCGGAUUGCUGCGGCCCUUCCCGGGAUGUCGGCUUUCAAUGGCGCCGUGCCGCGGUUUGAUGCGGCGUCGGGGGAACCGCUGCGCUUUCCGCGCAGAACGUACUUCCGUCAUCUUUACUCCUGGCCGUCUGCAGCCGACGCUCGCAUCUUCCGCGGGCUGUUCACGACUCCUUUUCUGGCGCGGAUCCAUAACAGCCGCCCUGUCGAGGUCAAGCUGUACAUAGACCCCUACCCUGCCUUCACGGCCGCAAAGGCUCGCGGCGAUACCUACAUGGUGGUGCGCAAUGUGCCGAUCAUUGUCAAGGCUGAAGGCCUGCGCGAAUCCCUGCUCGGCGAAAGAACCGAGGCGGACCACCCGUGGCUGGCUGAUAUCCUGCACUUCCAUCGCCUCAAGGACCCCUACGAUGGCUCGGCUUACUCACAGAUCCUUGGCCUGCCCGUCGCAGCCGAGGGAGACCCGUCCUUUGAGCGAAUCUCGGCAAUCCUCUGGAUCCCGGAACAGGAUGAACCUGCCUUCCUCAACAUCUCCUGUCACUCGUGCGAUCUGUGCGCAAGCAACCAUCGGACCCCGGACCACGCCUGCUUCGCUGUCACCAGACGCAACCGGGUCUCCAACAGGCAGUCCAUCUCCGUGUCUGCCCUGCAGGCAGUUAACGUGCCUCCUCUCCAGCUGUCCCGAUUGGACGUGUCAAACAUUAUAUAUGUUCUGCUUGUGUAG